AUGAUAAUCUUUCAGGAAUCAAAAGAUGUGUAUUCGAAAGAUUCAGAGAAUUCGGAUAGUGGUUUUGAUGUAUCGAGUGAUGAGAAUCCAUCAGUGCCUGGUUCACCGAGAACGCGGGGGAGUUCUGGAGCGACAGGAGAGAAUCGUGAUGAAAGUAGAUCAAUUAUAAGAUUGUGUGUGUCAGCUGCAUAUUUUAGUGCUUUGACAAAACGUACUGAAAUAGUGCUGUUGGGCAUACGUCCGAUUAUUGAAGAAAGUGAUAUGUUAGGUGCGAUUCGAUCGGCAAUUGCACAGUCCAGAAUGCCUGAAAGUGCGAUAAGCGUUAUUCAUGGUUAA